AUGUCUGGAGCAAAAUCAACAACGGUAGCUGCACUGCCCGCAGCAACAACAGCAACAACGGCAAGUUCUAAAGAAUCUGGCACAGACGAGGGACUGUACCCCUUGGCUAUGCUUAUGGACGAGUUAAAGCAUGACGAUAUUGCGAACAGAGUGGAGGCAAUGAAGAAGCUAGACACUAUUGCGUUAGCGCUUGGUCCUGAAAGAACAAGAAACGAGCUAGUUCCCUUUUUAACUGAAGUCGCCCAGGAUGACGAAGAUGAGGUGUUUGCUGUCCUAGCUGAACAACUCGGCAAGUUUGUUCCCUAUAUUGGUGGGCCUCAAUACGCCACGGUCCUAUUGCCAGUAUUAGAAAUUUUGGCGUCUGCUGAAGAAACCUUGGUCAGAGAAAAGGCCGUAGACUCUUUGAACAAUGUGGCCCAAGAACUAUCUCAAGAGCAGCUAUUCAAUGAGUUUGUUCCUUUGAUUGAGCAUUUGGCCACUGCAGAUUGGUUCUCUUCGAAAGUUUCUGCAUGUGGACUUUUCAAAUCCGUCAUUGUCCGCAUCAAAGACGAUUCAUUGAGGAAAAACAUCCUGGCUUUAUAUUUACAACUGGCCCAGGAUGACACUCCAAUGGUGAAAAGAGCCGUCGGUAAAAACCUACCCAUCUUAAUCGAUCUGUUGACUCAGAAUUUGGGGCUAUCCACAGAUGAAGAUUGGGAUUAUAUCUCCAAUAUCUUCCAAAAAAUCAUUAACGAUACUCAAGAUUCCGUCAAGUUUUUGGCUGUGGAUUGUUUGAUUUCGAUCUUGAAGUUUUUCAACGCUAAAGGUGACGAGUCUCAUACUCAAGAUUUAUUAAAUUCUGCUGUAAAAUUAAUCGGUGAUGAAGCGUGGAGAGUACGUUACAUGGCAGCCGAUAGAUUCUCUGAACUAGCCUCACAAUUCACUUCCAACCAAGCAUAUAUUGACGAAUUAAUACAACCAUUUUUGAAUCUUUGUGAAGACAAUGAAGGCGAUGUGAGAGAGGCCGUAGCCAAACAAGUCUCUGGCUUCGCCAAAUUUCUAAAUGAUCCUUCCGUUAUUUUGAGUAAGAUCUUACCUGCUGUACAAAAUUUAAGUAUGGACGAAAGCGAAACAGUGAGAUCUGCGUUGGCUUCCAAGAUUACAGACAUCGUAUUGUUGUUAAAUAAAGAUCAAGUGAUUAACAGUUUCCUUCCGAUUUUACUAAAUAUGCUAAGAGACGAGUUCCCCGAUGUUCGUCUGAAUAUCAUUGCCAGCUUGAAAGUUGUCAAUGAUGUAAUAGGCAUCGAGCUAUUAUCAGAUUCUUUGCUACCUGCCAUAACCGAGCUAGCUAAAGAUGUGAACUGGAGAGUUAGAAUGGCCAUAAUCGAAUAUAUCCCUAUCCUAGCAGAACAAUUGGGUGUACAAUUCUUUGAUCAACAACUGAGCGACUUGUGUCUUUCAUGGUUAUGGGAUACCGUUUACUCCAUCAGAGAGGCUGCAGUGAAUAACUUGAAAAGAUUAACGGAAAUAUUCGGAUCAGAUUGGUGCCGCGACGAAAUCAUUUCAAGACUACUUAAAUUUGAUUUACAAUUAUUGGAAAAUUUUGUCUCCAGGUUCACAGUACUAUCCGCUUUAACCACUUUGGUGCCCGUGGUGUCAUUAGAUGUCGUUACCGAACAAUUAUUACCCUUUAUUUCCCACUUGGCCGACGACGGUGUUCCAAACAUCAGAUUCAAUGUAGCUAAGUCCUACGCUGUGAUAGUUAGGGCCUUGAGUAAGGAUCAGGCCAAAUAUGAUGCAUUAAUUAAGAACACAAUUUUACCCUCUUUGGAAGCACUAUGUCAAGAUGAAGAUGUUGAUGUAAAAUACUUUGCUAGUAAAAGUUUGGCAGAAUGUCAAGAAAUUUUGAAAAACUGA